AUGGAUGAACAAGACACCAUCCGGAAACCAUCUUCACGUUUUUGGCAGGAAGACCUUCGUAUUGAAAAAGAACAGACGAGAAUCUACAUACCGAAAGAUGACGACGUGGUGAUAAGCAGGGAUAACAAGGUCAUAGAGAAAAUUUACUUUGAAGACGAAGAUACAAACUACGAAAGCCUUGUACGCGAAGAGGAGCGCAACACAAAGAAACCUGAAAGAGGAAACAGAAAUAAACACAAGAAUAGUCACGAGAGACGGGAGAUAGAGGACGAGCCAGAAGAAGCAGAUCACUUCGAUGACGCUCCAGAAGUUGCUGAGAUGCCCGAAAACGAGAGGCAGAUACCUGAGAACGAGAGGCAAAUACCUGAGAACGAGAGUCAGAUAUUUGAGAAUGGGAGGCCCCAAAGAGAAAAGCGGAAACCUUCAUGGUGGAAGGACUUCAUACUAGGUGAUAGCGAACAAUGUCACAUGCUCACGGAGAUAAACUACCUAGAAGAUUAUCUGACAGAAAUUAUGGUCGAAGAAAGUACAAAAGAUCAUUUAACUAUCUUCAAUAAGACAAAGAACAUGCUGAUGGACAUAAAGAAUGCUCCAAAAGAGAAAGUAUGCUGCCUUAUUAAAGCACUUUAUGGACUCAAGCAGGCAGGGAGGCAGUGGUACAAGAAACUCGACACAGAAUUAAAACACAUUGGAUUCAAAGCAUCAGAGGCUGACCCAUGUGUAUACGUACUAGAGAAAAGAGGAGCCAAACUCAUAAUAGUCAUCUAUGUCGACGAUCUACUAAUUGCCUACUCAAGUCCAAAGAUACUUAAUGAAGUCAAAUACCUACUAAAUUCCAAAUUCGAAUUGAAAGAUUUGGGAAGACCAAAGAGGCUUAUCAGCAUAGACAUGUCAUAUAAAUAG